AUGGGGAGAGUUCGGUCCGCGAAGCACACCCCAAAACGACAUUUCGGAAAGGAUGUCCCAAAGUCUCACCAGACCCCAUCUUCGAUGACGGAGGCUCAGAACAAAGUCUCCCAUGAUCCGACACAUGGUGAGCCGGUGUAUGACGAUUCUGUGGAUGAUGAACUCGGCGACCAUGGGUCCAGCGAACAUUCUCUCCCCAUAGAGAUCGACCUCAGAAGGGCUGAGACCGUUGGAACGGUCGAGACCAGCCCUUCUCCGUCGGGGAGGAAAGCAAAAAGGCGAACUGCCUUCCAGGAAACAGAAACCAGGUCGGACAUGGCACGCCAAUUAAGCCGCGUGAUAGAACAAGAAUUGACCCCGGUGGACGAAGACUCGCAAGAUGAGCACUAUUCACCAUUACGAGACCAUUUCCAGCAGACCCAUACCGAACAGUUCACCGGAACUCCAACUCAAGCCGAACCCGAUGAACUGGCUUUCAUUCAACAAUCUUUGGCCGACCCAGAAACACCGCACCAAACUCCCAGGGUCAAGAAAAACAAAAAGUCGCCAUUGCCCCCGAAAAAUACCUACGACGCGAUCGAGAGGAUGAGUAGUGUCCUCAAGCAAGGGUUCGAUAAAACCGAAAAACACAAUAUCGGACAUGCAUACUUGCUUGAAGACACCAGCAGUGGUACAAUCUCCCCAUUCAAAAUCGGGAGUGCACAAAAAGGCGGGGUGAAGCAACGUGAGAAGCAGCAGAUCAAAAAGUGCGGUCUUCAAGGGGAAUGGCACAGCAAACCGUUCCCACAACGUCCACUCCGUGGUUAUAUACGCCUCGAGCUGAUCACCCAUGAGCAGUUAUACUACAUGAGACACCAACAUGAGUGUCAAUGCAAGACGGACCACCGGGAAUGGUUCCGCGGUGACAAGAACAAGGCCCGUGAGAUUCUUGAAUUCUGGGCCAAGUGGCUUAGGAGUUGCGAGCCAUAUGAUAGCGAUGGCAAGCUUCUGCCGUUUUGGACCGCCAGACUCGCCACUUUCGAGCAGAGGAUGGACCAUUACUUCAAGUGUCUCGAUAUUCACUGUACGAGAGAUAACAAUGAACCCAUCACCUGUCAGAAGUGCCUUCAAGUGGGGUGGAAAACCUGGACGGAACCGACCUCAUGGGACCAUUUUCGGUACAACAUGCUGACUCCUCCCGAUUUUCCGAGUAUUUAUUUUCAUCUGAUCUUUUUCCUGACUGUCACAUCUUUCCUAACGUCAUUCAUUCCGGUACCUCGAAUAAUCUUCUUGGCGAGCAUCCUCAGAAUCUUGGAGCUGAUAACAGUUGGUUCCACUUAUUUCUGGACCUACAGCAAGCCCAUAUCUAUGAUUGUCGAUGAUCUUCUCACCGAACCGAGCCAGGCCUCCCAAGAUGAAAUAGUCAAGACGCCGAAGAAGAGACUUCCAGCAGCACAAACCCCCAAGAGUGCGCCGCCAAUCCUGGAGAAUGAUUUCUUGAUUGUUGAGGAGUCAGUUACCACACCAACGGGAAACUUACCACCGGGGCAAAUUCCAGGCACUGAGCCCCUUCUGCGCACAAGGCGUGAAAUGGAGAGAUAUUCUGUGCUGGAUGAGUCACCGUCGAAAGGGGUGCAGAAACGUAGGAGGGCCAAGAAUUCAUCGAAGCCGCUGGGUACAAGGGAUCUGAAUGAGGCGCUCGGGAGGACGUUCAAGUCGCCGUUGAUGCCGGAGUGA